AUGCUUCUGUUUAUUACCCUAGCAGCAAUUACUGCUGCCGAGAUCGUUCACCAUGCGCCUAUCGAAAACGAAUUCUCGGAUUUGGAUCAAGUUUUCAACUCCUCAAGAGGCACUAACGACGGGAUAUACAAUUCAUCUUAUGUCCCAGAUAGCAAGUACGGACAAUAUAAUUUUUGCAACAUGCCCCAUGUAAGGAAGGAUACCUACCCACAGGUGGACCAAUCGGUCUACAAGUUGCAGUUUGUCGAGGUCAUCCAUCGCCAUCACAAAAGAACACCCUACGCACAGAAUUGCUUCCCUGUGGAAAACUUGGUGCUCUACUGUGAUGACGCGUUGAACAACUACUACUCCGAAUUCAAGACCCCAGAUCGGAGUAAUAAUACCACGAAAAUCUCUUGGACCAACUACCAAAAUCAGUACAAUCCGUUUAGCUUUAUCCAGAACGGCUACAAUGGCACUUGUCAAUUUCCUCAAAUCUCCUAUGGAGGUUUGGAAGACUCAUACCAGCACGGUCUGGACCUAUAUGGAGUGUAUGGCGAGCUGUUGGAAUUUCUCCCAGAGUCAUAUGACCCUAACCAAUUAACAUUUCGAGUGACCAAUAACGUCAUCACCUCCCAAGUUGUCAGUGCAGUGGCGAAGGCUAUGUAUCCUUGCGAGAAAGGCAUUGAUGUAAAAGUUGAAGGCGAUAGCUUUGACGCACUCGAGCCAACUUAUUCCUGCGAUUUUGCAGAUGACGUAGCAUCAGAAAUCACCUCCUCGAGUGAAUGGCAGGAGCAUCUGGCUAAGGCUGCAGAUCUAUACAAUGAACUAGACCACAUUUCUGGUGUCGAUCCAGAUUCUGAGGACUGGCAUCAGUCUUUCGAUCAUUAUUUCGACAACACUGCAUUCAGAUUGUGUCAUGGGUACGAUCUUGCUUGCAACUCCGAGAACUCCUCACUCUGUAUGACACAGGACCAGGCGGAACAAAUAUUUCGUCUGGGUGAUUUCGAGUACAACUACCAGUUUCGGAUUCAUGAAAACUCAACUCUUUAUGCGGCAACCAGCUACGGUGCAUACUUCAAUGAGCUAAAGCACCGUCUUCUUCAGAAAACCGAUGGGUCCUCGAGUCUCAAAUAUUCUCACAACGUAGCCCAUGAUGGCUCCAUUGCACGUAUACUUGGAUUUCUCCAAAUUGAUUAUCUCAGAUGGCCAGGAAUGGGAUCGGAGAUUGUGUUUGAGCUUUACGAAGGACUAAAAGACGGCAAAUGGUAUCUCAGAACUCUUUACAUGGGAAGAGUUCUGACAACAACGGGUCCCCUUGGAGAAAUUGACAUGAUCCCCCUCCGCGACUAUGUCGAUUACAUUGAAUCAAUGAUUGGAAAAGACGCAGAAGUGUUAGUGGAUUACUGCAGCUGA